AUGUCCUCGGCAGGCAGCUCCUUCAGUGCUUCUUUGGCAGGCAGCUCCUCCAGGGUAUCCUCUGACGGCAGUUCCUCCGGCGAGUCCACGGCAGGCAGCUCCUUCGGUGCAUCCUCGGGGGACAGCUCCUCCAGGGUGCCUUUGCACAGCAGUUCCUCUGGCACAUCCUGGAUAAGUACCUCCUCCACGCCAACUGGUCGUUCGGGCGGUUCCUCCGGCGCGUCCUCGGCAGGUAGGUCCUCCCGGGUAUGUCCACAGCAGGCAUCUCCUCCGGCAGACCAGUUCCCACAAGAUCCGGCACCCACCAGCUGUGCCUUCAGCGCGUCCAUAGCAGACAGCUCCUCCGGCACGUCCACGGCAGGCAGCUCCUCCGGUGAGUCCUCGGCAAGCAGCUUUCCACCGGAUGCUUGGACGGGUAACCCAAGCUAG